AAUGCAGAUGCUACGCAAAUAUUCCAAGCAUUUCACGAGGGCUCAAAUAAGGCAUUCAAACAGCUAGAAACACUGAAAAAGAGUGCAUGGGAUCCCUCAGAAGAUCUUGAAGAGGCGUUGAGAUUGCGUUUGGACAAGGCUGAUGUCAACAUUGCCACUUAUGAUAUUUCCAUUGAGGAGGAAGCGAGGAUCGUGAAGAACUUUGAGAAGUUACGGCAGCGUGUCUACGACUGGGGUUUAAUGGAGGCACAACCGUGGUACUACGUCGGGAAAUCCAUCACAACACUUGGUUUCAUGUUUUUCGCAUUCUACUUACAAUAUUGUCAAUGGUAUUUCACCUCAGCUCUAUCUCUUGCGGUCUCGUGGCAACAGUUUGGUUGGCUUACACACGAGUGUGCCCAUCAUCAGUUGACAAAAAAUAGGAAGCUGAACAAUCUCAUUGCAGUGCUUUUCGGAAAUCUGGCUCAAGGAUUCUCAGCUGAUUGGUGGAAAGACAAGCAUAACACGCAUCAUGCUGCCACGAAUAUGAUCGAUCAUGAUGGGGAUAUUGAUUUGAUGCCGUUGGUAGCCCUCAUACCUGGAGAUCUGUCCAGGUUCAAGCUACCAGUCCAGAAAUUCAUCCUCAAGGUGAGUAUU